CAGCCAGCGAUUCCUGCACGUGCAAGCUUUUGUCCCUCAUCAUGUUCACGUUUAUAUGCUAGUCCUAUAUAACUUUUUUUCUAUGGGAAUUAAACUUUAGGGAUCUCUUUUUAUUUUCUUCAGCUUUUGCUUUGCAACAUGAGGGUUCCUUUUGCAGUAUGCUUGGUGAUAUUUUUCCUUAUCUGUGUCGCGUACGGUCAAGAGGACAUCACUGUUGAAGAGGAUGAAGAUAGCGCCAUAAAUACAGAUACAGAUGAGUCUCCGACGCAAGAUACCACCAUCCCAUCUGCAGAUGACGUGCUUGAACCGUCUCCUUCCCAAGACAGUGCACCCAAGAAUGCAACGCAACCGCCCAGCGAAUCUGCCUGUGCAGCAUUGAGUCAUUGGUACCAAAGCCUCAAUGGCAAAAACUGGAUUAUCCGAACAGGAUGGGAGUCACAGGAUAUGAGGAGCUGCUGCUCAUGGUACAACGUUCAUUGUAAUAAUCUCGGUCAAAUCUUGAAAAUUAAUCUGUCCCACAAUAACUUGGUUGGUACAUUGCCAGACAAUGUGCAGGAUGUUCCCGAUAUAGCCCAUCUGGAUCUAAGUCAUAACCACCUGACGGGUGGAUUACCUGAUUCGAUGAUGCACGCUCAAAAAUUACAGAUUAUAAACUUUGAUAUGAAUAAUUUAACUGGUUCACUGCCAGCAUCCUUGGGCCAUCUCCCCAUGCUGUCUAAUAUACAUUUGCGGAAUAAUUCAUUCACGGGGACAAUACCGGAUACGUGGAGUAACAUGACUUCUCUCAAAGCUUUGUAUCUCAGCAACAACAAGCUAUCAGGUGACUUUUCCGCGACGAUCACUCAGCUCCUAGCUAUACAAAGUCUAGCGCUAGACAAUAACGCUAUUACUGGGUCAUUGCCUGAAAGUAUAGCCAAUUUGAGAAUGCUCAGAUCGCUUAAUCUAAAGAAUAACCGUUUGACCAACGGUAUUCCCGCUUCCAUCGGAAACUUGACAUUACUUGAAACAUUAUCCCUAUCGCAUCAAAUGUUGAACGGAAGUUUGCCAGAUUCGAUUUACGAACUUUCCAACCUUGAAACGCUGGAUCUAUCCAACAAUCGGUUGAGAGGCGGCAUCUCGGAAAAGAUUGGAAAUCUAAAGAAGCUGAAAAAGCUAUCACUGGGACACAACAGCUUGACCGGACCGCUCCCCCAGCAACUUGGGUCAUUAAGUAAUCUAGAAUUCCUGAUGCUCAACUACAACACCCUGAAUGGCCAGUUUCCUCCUCUGAUUGCCCCUGCGCCUCUGGCCUUUUGCUAUAUGACCCCUAAUCAGUUCCAAAGUUGUCCCGAUCAGAACGUCACAAACAAUCCAGAUAGCUUGGCUUUCCAAUGCUCGAUCAAUUGUGCAUCGAAAAAUAGCAAAACAAAGAGUGAUGCAUCGUCCAUUACCAUGACAACCUUGGCGAUCCCAUGGACAUGUCUCAUCGUCACCAUAGCGACAUUCAUUUAACAACAGAAAAUAAAAGACGAGUACGGAUGAAUCCCUUUUUUUAUUCACUGCGGUAUGCAAAAGAUGGAUGACAGUCUAAUUAGAUGCCUCGAAAUGUUGUCUUGUCAAUGAAAUUGAGU